GUGGAGGGGGGGAGCAACGUGACUCUAUAAAAGCUCGGGAUCUGCAGCAUCACUGAACUGGUGCAGUGCAAAAGCGCUCACUCAUCCACACCGAUGGUGUGCAGAACAAGGGGGACAUAAAAAAAAAAACCUUCUGAAACAUACAUUUCCUUUUCUUAAACAAAGAAACAAACAAAAAAUCCACAACAAAACUUCAUCAUGAGCUACGAUUCCUUCUUCUCCACCCGCCGCCCUUGGGACAGCUACAAAGGCUCCCGAACCAUCACCAAAUCCUCCGUGUCUUCAUCUUUCUACCCUUCUUCACGAGCUCCUCCAUCUGGUAAGAGGAUCCUAAGGACCUCCUCCUCUUCCCUUCCAGAUGGAUCUCAGAGGAUGAACCUGGCUCAAGCCAGCUCUCUAAACACAGAGCUGCUGGGCCUGCGCUCCCAGGAGAGGGCACAGCUUGUGGACCUGAAUGACCGAUUCGCCACCUACAUUGAGAAGGUGAGGCACCUCGAGCUGCAGAACCGAGCCCUGCUGGCUGAGCUAGAUGCGCUGAGGAGGCGGCAGAACGAUCCAUCCCGUCUGCAGGCGCUCUAUGAAGGUGAGGCACGGAGUUUGAGGGCCAUGAUCGACUCAGAGAACGGGGAGAAGAUGAGGAUGGAGGCAGAGAAGGACUACCUGCGCGAUGUGUAUGAGCAGAUGAAGGAGCGCUAUGAGGAGGAGGCACGGCGGCGCAUGGAUGCCGAGGAGGCCCUGCAGAGGGCCAAAGAGGAGGCGAGCAGGGCCGUGGUCUACAACUGUGAUGCAGAAGCCACUGUGGCCUCCCUGUGCGAUGAGAUGGUGUUCCUGAAGAAAGUCUUUGCAGAGGAGCAAGCAGAGCUGCAGGCCCAGCUGCAGGUGGCCAACAUCAGCAUAGACAUGGAGGUGUCCCGGCCUGAUCUGUCCACCGCGCUGCGAGACAUCAGGGCUCAGUACGAGCGGCUGGCGCACAAGAACAUGCAGGCCGCCGAGGAGUGGUACCAGAGCAAGUUUGCAAGCGUGGCGGAGAUGGCCAGCAAAAACAACGAGGCCGUGCACGCCAUCCGGGAGGAGACCAUGGAGUACCGGAGACUGCUCCAGUCCCGCUCCUCGGAGAUCGAGGCACUCCGAAAUGUCAUCGACUCCCUGAAUAAGCAACUGGAAGAUCUGGAAGAAACACAGUCGAAGGAGGUGGAAAAGUACCAGAUGAGGAUAAGUGAGCUGGAGCGCAAUAUUGCUGAAGCUAAGCAGGAGAUGGCGCGCUACCUGAGAGAGUACCAAGACCUUCUCAAUGUGAAGAUGGCCCUUGACAUUGAAAUAGCAGCAUACAGGAAACUCCUGGAGGGGGAGGAGAUUCGUCUGGCGUACCCUUCCCUUCAUGCUCUAAAUUAAAAACCUAAAUGCCACCGACCCUGGCAUAAAUCAAGUUUAACUUCCUACCCGUUCAUCUUUGAGCUGAACAUCCUGAGAAUACCUCCCUAACAUGACCUCUCUCCCUCUUUCAUGCUCUUCCCUUCACUUUCCCCUCUUUCCCCACAAAAUUCAUUUCAUCUUUACCCCAAAAAUCCCAAACUACAAAUCAAAGCUCACCUUUCUCAAGACCGCUGUGCCCUUGUGCUAAACAAGAGGUCCACCAGAAGUCCCCCUUCUUCUACACACAUUCUGACACUACACAUCAAGUAGAAGGCGAACUGCAAAGGGCAGAGUGGCUGCACUGCAUUAGUUACACAUCUGCGUCGGACAGCAGCGUUGUUUUGGUGGAGUUCCUCUCAGUCAGACGCGUAUGACAUUCAAGACAACAGUAGAGUUAACCAUCUGACCUUUCUGAACCCUCGUUGUGCAAACACCUGACCAAUUGUUUGUUAAUGAGGAUGUAAAAAACCCAACCUAUAACUCUCAGUGCUUGGAUUUUAUAUGUGUUUGAGCUGAUUUUCCUCAAGGAACUCUUCCAAUCAAUGAAUGUCCUGCAUCCCUGGUUUUCUAGUAGUAGUAGUAGUAGUCAGUGAACCAGUAACCUUAAAAUUUUCUUUUCAUUAUGUUAUCGACUCAUUUGUGUCCUUUUUAGUUUGUCUUCCUCUGCAUUGACGUCUACACAAAAGCUGUAAGUAACAAACCAGAGUGAAUUUGGGCCUUCCUACUUUUCAGCAAAAACCAAUCUGGACAUUUAUAUGCUGCGGAAGACUAAUUGUUACUGGUUCCACCUUAUGAUCACGUACUGUGUCUUUGAGUCUAACUACACUAGAUUUCUUUUGUCCUGUAAGUUCAUUCCCAGCUAACCAGUGAAGCCGAAAGAUAACUGCAGGAGCUCCUUGUUGUUUGUCUGCUGAUCGUAGAUCUAUGUGGUGCUUUACAUCUGUGAAAGUAAUACAAAGUCUGCACCUGUAAGUGGUGUACCUGUAACAGCCGGCAACAAGCUGAAUAAACAUAUAACUCAUCUGCA